AUGGCCGACGUCGCAGCAGCGCUGUCGCACGAGCUCGCGAGGAUAAUCGCGUGCCCGUAUCCCGUGUCGCUCGCCAAAUUGGCCGACAUCCUGUCCCGUGCCGACGCGCUCACUUGUCGGGCAUGCAUCCGGGAUCGUGCGCCUUGCGCCAUCGCGAAAUUGGCGUCCAUCGUGUCAUCAGCCCUCCCGCACUGGCAGCACACGCUGGCCAUCCUGCACUCUCUCUGUCACUCACCGGAAUUCAGGGACGAGCUUCUACGUCAGACUCCUGGACUCCUCGACGCCUUGCUCACCAAGGCAAACUCCUCCCAGAGCGAUUUUGAGGAGCACGUCGACCUAUGUGUGACCCUUCUCUCGCGCCCUCUGCCUGAGCAGGUGCCUCUGCCUGCCAGUGCCCAGUCCUUCUUCCUUCAACUGUUCGAGCGAGCAACGCACACUCCGGAUGUAGAAAUGCUGAGGCCCAUCUAUUACAUGCUAGAUGGAGCUUGCAGAGGCCUUCUCAGCCUUGUUCCCCCUGAGGCUAGCCACACGCUUGACAGGAGGUUGACCGAAAUACUCUCUUCCAAUGGCGCGUUCCAGAAUACCAUGGGCUUGCUUUGCUUUGGCAUAGUUAUGCUUGCCGAGCGUCCAUGGAUCACAAGCAAAGAACUCGAUGCAGCGGCAAGCCUCGACAGCGCGAUUCCUAGUGUCGACACAAUGCGAGAGUGGAAGACCGCGGCGGGACGAAAGGUGUUCGGCUCAGCAGACCUGAUGCUGAAGACGGUCAACCUAACUUAUCUGAGCGUGAUUUGGGCAGUCAAAGGCGAAAUGGGUGUGUCCGAUUCCGAAGCAGCGGAAGGAAUCAGAAUCGCAAUCCGUACUCUGCAGCUUGUAGACCCUCAAGUGCGAGAAGGGUGGCCAAACUCCUCUGAUCUUGCGAAGCGUAUGUUUCCGAAGCUUCCCUCCAAGAUCCAGCGCCGAGGCGUCAAUCUGGCCGUCCAGCUGGAAGCACUGUGUGUUUACAGUCUGGUCGCCGGGAAGCAUAACCUCUCACCGGAGAUGGUCAUGCAAUACCAGGCCACAUUGAUGGAAGUGACACGCUUCCCCGAUCCAGAUUGCCUACGAGAGAGCUUAUCGGUAUCCUUACCUAUGUUCGCUCCCCAAAUGCAAGAAACCGCCAUCUGUGCUCUCCUUUCCGCGAUCCUGAGGUUAGGUGCCUCUCCCGGCUCACCGCAGGAGAUGUCCAACAUUACCAUUUUGGUCGAGGAGCUCUGCGCGAUUAUUCCAAGCAGCGCUCAUUUGGGGUCUUGCGUAGUAGCCUCACUGUCAUCGAGCGAGCUGGAAGAAUCAGUUCAGAACUUUCUACGCGUUAAUGUCGAGGGCCGUGAAGAGGACCAAGAACACUCUUGCCAUUCUUUCCACGCGCUGCUGCUUCGACGCUUUGUCUCAGCAACUAUUUCGAUGCUUUUGACCUCGUCGAUCGCGUCGCCAUCAGGAGAACCCGGCCUUUCCCAAUCCGUCGUAAUCGCCUUGAUCAGCAAACAACGGCAGCUCUCGUCUAACGGGACACCAUGUUCUCACCCGCCAUUCUCGGCCCCGUCUCGAACCGUGUCGCUCUUCCAACAGGAGUGUACGCCACUAUCAGGACAGCAUCUACAGGAUUGGAGAUGUCGCCUGAAUUCUGAGCUGGAAAGCCAGGGCCACUACCAACGAGAUUCCAUCAUUCGCUCUGUAGCGCAGAUUUGCCACGAUCUCGAGCUACGUUGCGAUACUGUGGAGGAACCGCUGCGGCGAGAGCAGGAGAGGUGUGAGGAGCUUUCAGCUCAAGCAUCCGAGCUGCGACAACAGGUGGCAACACUAGAGAGCAAGAGGGAGGACCACUUGAUGUGUAUCGACGCGCUACAGGAUGAGCGCGCCGAGCUAGAAAGAGAGAAGAAUUCGCUCUCUACCCAACUGGAGCAAUUAAGGGGUGAUCUCAACCAGGCCAUUCGCAAAAGCAGACGACACUCUUCGUGCGGCUCGAAAGGCCCAUAA